ACAAUAUUUAUCUAACCCAGACAAACAAACGCCAGUUCCAGUUUCGUUUUACUUUCUUUAACUUCAAUCGUUCAUCAACGUAUCGUCAUUUCGCAUUCCGUUUUCUACUUCAGCGUUGUGCGUGUGUUAUAAAAAGUUCGAAACAAAUUAUGAACCGAAAGUGUUGUGGUCCCGGCUAUGCAACGCCAUUGGAUGCAUACAAGAAUGGACCAAGAGAGAAACUAUUGUACGUUGUUACCGUUCAGCCGAAUUUAUCGGAAUCCCACGGUGAUUACUUAUCAACGGUAGACGUUGAUCCCGAUAGUGCCACUUAUUGUCAGAUAAUUCAUCGCACAUUCACCAAUCGUACGGGCGAUGAGCUACAUCACAGCGGUUGGAAUGCAUGUUCAAGCUGUUUUAAUAUCACCGGUGAUGACGCUACAAAAAUACCGAAACGGGACAAGCUGAUUCUUCCUAGCCUGAAUUCGAACAACAUCUACGUAUUCGAUGUCGGCACAAACGAACGAAAGCCUGAAAUUUGGAAGGUAAUCGACGGAAAGAUUCUGCUGGACAACAACGUUUCAUCGCCACAUUCAACCCACUGUUUGGCCAACGGUAACGUAAUGAUUUCGACAAUGGGCGAUCGCAACGACAAUGCUAAAGGUGAUUUCAUACUGUUCGACUCGCAGUUUGAAUGCGUCGGAACAUGGACGAAGGGUGCGGAGAAAGCGAAAUGUGGCUACGAUUUCUGGUAUCAACCGAAGUUCAAUGUUAUGGUUGCAUCGGAAUGGGGAGCUCCGAAGAACUUUAAGCAAGGUUUCCAUCCCGAUCACCUAGCGAAUCCCGACGAAAUCGGUCGCCGGCUGAACUUUUACAAAUGGAACGAGCAAACGCUGUUCCAAACGAUCGAUCUGGGAGAUGAGGGAAUGACACCGUUGGAAGUUCGCUUCUUGCACGAUCCAACGGAGUGUCACGGUUACGUUGGCUGUGCACUGUACUCCAAUUUGUACCAUUUCUGGAGGAAAGAGGGCAGCGAUCGUUUUGAAGUGGAGAAGGUUGUGGACGUACCAGCGAAAAAGGUGGACGGAUGGGCAUUGCCGGAAGUUACUGGUUUGAUGGGCGACAUAAUCAUUUCGUUGGAUGACAAAUAUUUGUACUUUACGAGUUGGUUGCAGGGUGAUGUCAGGCAAUACGAUAUCACCGACAGAAGUAAACCGAAAUUGACUGGACAGGUGUUUUUGGGUGGUGUGGUCCUAUCCGAUUCUAAUGUUGUUGUUACUGAGGAUAAGGAAUUGAAGAAACAACCCGAUCCAGUCUUUGUUAAAGGCAAACGCUUACAAGGCGGACCGCAAAUGAUGCAAUUGUCUCUGGACGGAAAGCGCCUGUACAUCACGUCCAGCCUGUAUUCUCCCUGGGACAAACAAUUCUACCCGGAUAUGAUCAAGUCCGGUGGACACAUGGUCUGCCUGGACGUGGACACCGAAAACGGAGGAAUGACAUUGAAUGCUGAUUUCUUCGUCGACUUCAGUAACGAACCGUAUGGACCAACCGUGCCGCAUGAAAUGCGUUAUCCCGGUGGCGAUUGUACAUCGGAUAUCUGGUUGGAUGAAUGAGAUUGAAAUUACACUCGGUUGGAUGGAUUGCAUGGGAACGGAAUGAAUAAACAAGCGAAAAAAUCUCCAUUUUAUCAUAAUUUCUAUUCACUCCGCACCGACCACACGGAAUGGAAAUUGAAUUUUCUGCGAGAAAAAAAUGAGAGAGAGCAACGGAACAACUGAAACAAUUUAUGUUCGGGCGUUUUUCUCAGAAUUAAAAUAACAUUUCAAUUGCUG